UAAGCACCUCUCUCAUAUAUGUCUCCCUCUCUCUCUCUGUAUAUAUUACCCUCACGUCCACAGCCCAUCCCACCUACUCCUCAACAGUAGGACAUGGAUUUCCUUGCCUCCUCAUCCUCUUCUUCUUCUUCUUCUUCUUCUUCUUCUUCUCACUUCUCUUCUUCCGAGGGCAGAGAGAGUGACGGAUACAGCUUCAUGGUCUUUCAGAUGUUUGGGAGAGUGCUUUGCGCCGUAGUCACCUGUGUCUUCGCGAUAGUUGGUUCAUUGGUCGGGGCCAUCACAGGUGCUCCCAUAGGCCUAGCGACUGAGAGCGGCCUGCUGCGAGGUGCUGGAAUCGGAGCUAUUUCUGGUGCCGUCUUCUCCAUCGAAGUUGUUGAAUCAUCUCUUGACCUCUGGAACUCCCAGGAGUCAGGGAUUUGGAGUGUUCUCUACGUGAUGGACAUAAUCUCUAGCCUAUUGAGCGGAAGACUGGUUCGGGAGAAGGUUGGCCCAGCUGUACAGAGUGCAGUACAGAGUCAGAUGAGUGCUCUCAGUUUGCCCUUCAUGGAGAGUCUCGAUUUCUUCGAGACCGGAGGCAUCAGAGGAAUGCCCAUGGAUGCAAUCGACAGAAUUCCCAAGUUCAGAAUUACUACCCAAGACCGUGAGGACGCAGCAGGGGAGAAGAAUUGCUGCUCGGUCUGCCUGCAGGUAGGUUUUGCUGCUCCUGAAACUUGUGCUGCACACAGCUACCAUUCACCUCACCUUUCGUCUCAGGACUUAAAAAUUGGAGAAAUGGCGAGGAAGUUGCCCCACUGCCACCACAUGUUCCAUUCGCCAUGCAUCGAUAGCUGGGUCAUCAGGCAUGCCUCUUGUCCGCUGUGUAGGCGGGAUGUUUAGAUCUCUUCUCUCUGUGAAUUUUGGUAUGUACAAGCUUGCUUUCCUCUCUUUCGAGUCUCUCCUUUUACAAAACCAACAAGGGUGUAUUCCCCUCUUUCCUUCUCGCUGAUAAGCUAACUUCUCAUGUACUAGCUUUCCUCAUCUUCCCCUCAAACAAGUACUUGCCUCUUUUGUGAUGGUAAAGUCCUCCCAGCUUAAUAUAUUUCGUUCUCGGUGAAACUAAGGAUGUGUUUGGCUUGAAAGAGAAGAGAGUUACUUCAA